AUGGGCUCCAGACUCCUCAACGCACCUAUUGUGCUCGACAACGGCAGUGGCACAAUUCGGGCUGGCUUUGCUGGUCAGGAUCUGCCAAAGUGCUACUUUCCAUCUUACGUCGGCCGUCCGAAGCACGUCAGGGCUCUUGCCGGAGCUCUAGAGGGUGAUGUCUUCAUCGGACCGCGGGCACAAGAGCUGCGGGGUCUGCUAAAAAUCAACUAUCCAUUGGAGCAUGGCAUUGUCACGGACUGGGAUGAUAUGGAGAGGAUAUGGCAGUAUGUCUACGCCGAGGAGCUGAAGACAGUGAGCGAGGAUCACCCUGUCCUGCUCACCGAGCCUCCGCUGAACCCACGCACCAACCGCGACACUGCCGCCCAGAUCCUCUUUGAGACGUUCAACGUGCCUGCACUCUACACUUCUAUACAAGCCGUCCUGUCCCUCUACGCAUCUGGCCGCACUACCGGUGUCGUGCUCGAUGCUGGUGAUGGCGUUUCCCACGCGGUGCCCGUCUAUGGCGGCUUUCAAAUCAACAACGCGGUCCAGAGAAUAGAUGUUGCCGGGCGCGAUGUGACGGAGCACCUGCAAAUGCUGCUGAGAAAAAGCGGCUACGUCUUCCACACGAGCGCCGAGAAGGAAAUUGUGCGCAACAUCAAGGAAUCGCACUCCUACGUCUGCCUGGAUCCUGUCAAGGAGGAGAAGGAGUGGUCGGGCAGCACGGCCAGAGCGAACGAAAAGAGUGUUGAGUACAAGUUGCCGGAUGGAAAGAAGCUAAAGAUCGGCGCCGAACGUUUCCGGGCUCCUGAGAUCCUGUUCAACCCGGAGCUCAUUGGAUCGGAGUACCAAGGUGUCCACCAGCUCGUCGUCAACGCGAUCAACAGGACCGAUCUGGACUUGCGCAAGGACCUGUUUGGAAGCAUUGUGCUCUCGGGCGGCUCCACUCUGACGAAGGGCUUCGGUGACAGGUUACUGCACGAGGUCCAGCGCCUUGCCGUCAAGGACAUGAGGAUCAAAAUAUACGCACCUCCUGAGCGCAAGUACACCACGUGGACUGGCGGCAGCAUUCUGGCUGGCCUAAGCACGUUCAAAAAGAUGUGGGUGGAGAAGGAUGAGUGGCAGGAAAAUCCGGACAUUAUCCACCAGAAGUUCGCAUGA